GUGCGCAGAGGGCUCUCCUGAGGACCCCCUCUGCCGGGGUUUUCCCUGGCCUCACAGCAGACGAGGGGGAGAUUUGCGUGGGGGGCUCAGGGAGGUGGGCGGCAGGGUGCCCGUCGCCUCCGCUCUGGGGGCCUCCCCUCAUCCCCCCUCCCCCGGCGUUGGUCCGCGCUGCGGAACCAGGCUGUGUGCGCACGCCCCGCCCAGGACCCAGACCUCGCCCUGCCUCGCCCGAGUUCGGAUCGCGAGUCCGCGCCGCAGCGGGCACCGCGGUCCGGAGCGAUGGCGGUAGUCGUCCGAGUGGUUUAUUGUGGCGCUUGAGGCUACAAGCCCAAGUAUCUUCAGCUCAAGAAGAAGUUAGAAGAUGAGUUCCCUAACCGUCUGGACAUCUGCGGUGAGGGGACUCCCCAGGUCACCGGCUUCUUUGAAGUGUUCGUAGCAGGAAAGCUGGUUCACUCCAAGAAGGGAGGCGAUGGCUACGUGGACACAGAGAGCAAGUUUCUGAAGCUGGUGGCCGCCAUCAAAGCUGCUUUGGCUCAGGCCUGAUGUGCCCUGAAAGCAAAGACCAGUAACUGUGGCCCAGCCCCUCCCGGCAGACGCUUCAUGACAGGAAGGACUGAAAUGUCUCUUGGACGCCUGGUCCUUCCCUGAUGUUCUUCCGGCCGCCGGUUGGAGCAGAGAUGGACACGCCUGGUCUUUGCCUGUGUGUGUGUGUGGGAGUGUGUGUGUGUCCCCGCACGCUGGUCCUGCUGCCUUCCCCGUCCCUCAUCUCCCUGCAUCUCCCCCCACCCCGCACCCGGCCCUUGUCUUCCCUUCUACCCCGUGGUGUUUGGGGUGGUCCUUCUCCAGGCUUCCUUUUCAAGGGGAAGCCGAGAGGAGGAUCAGGAUGAGUGAGUCUCAGAUUUCAGCAGUGAUGGCAACAGUUCACAACUCAAUAAAUGGUGAUGAGGUUAACAAAA